AGCUGCCUUCGUAGUGAAUGAUUCCAGCGCCUGUCAGCCAAGGGCCCCAGGCAGUGGGCGACUGAGCGCCUGGGCGGACGCAAGACUAGCAGCUCUGCCGGCCCGAGGCGGCGAUCCAUGGGGAGGAACCCGAGCGGACCCCGAGAGUGAGGGCGCACCCCGCACCAGCGCCACCAGCUCGGCCGGACGUGGGCGCAGCGUCCCGAGUGGCGAUUUAAUACAUGAUAGAUUGGUCUAAAAUGGCUGAGGUUUUAUCUGAAUAAGCCACUGAAGCCAUCCCAGAAGGUCUGCAUCCAGAAAUGUUCUUCGGCUACAAAAACAACUACUCAUUGCCCUUAUGGAUCAGUAAAGCAGUUGGGCAGAAGAGACAAGUAACAGAGACUCAAACUAAGUAACUGAAACUCUUUGGUUGACAAACUGGGAGAGAUUAUCAUUUGUAACUAGAAAGAUUAAUCUGGGAAUUGCAGAGGCAAACAAAAUCAUCUCCAAGAAAAGUACUUAACGUCGAGAAGUUAGGCGGGAAUUGCUGACCAAAAGCACUGCAUUCUCCUGUGGAUCUGACUUGAGAGUAAUUCUGGUCACCUGCCUUAUGAUGCAGGCUCUUUGCCAUGCUCCCUUCGUCAUGGCUGCCAGCAUUAUGGGCCUGGAGGAAAGUGUCACCCAGAAAGGCCUGGAUGCUUCAUCAAAGGUGCAUUUGGCAUACUGUCUGAGACCAGCUAACCCAGGAGAUCAAAAUGAUCCUCAACUCUUCCACCGAAUAUGGUAUUAAAAGAAUCCAAGAGGACUGUCCCAAAGCUGGAAGGCACAAUUACAUAUUUGUCAUGAUCCCCACUUUAUAUAGUAUUAUCUUUGUGGUGGGAAUAUUUGGAAACAGCUUGGUGGUGAUUGUCAUUUACUUUUACAUGAAACUGAAGACUGUGGCCAGUGUUUUUCUUUUGAAUUUAGCACUGGCUGACUUAUGUUUUUUACUGACUUUGCCACUAUGGGCUGUCUACACUGCUAUGGAAUACCACUGGCCCUUUGGCAAUUACCUAUGUAAGAUCGCUUCAGCCAGCGUCAGCUUCAACCUCUAUGCCAGUGUGUUUCUACUCACAUGUCUAAGCAUUGAUCGCUACCUGGCUAUCGUGCACCCAAUGAAGUCCCGCCUUCGGCGCACAAUGCUUGUGGCCAAAGUCACCUGCAUCAUUAUUUGGCUGCUGGCUGGCUUGGCCAGUUUGCCAACUAUAAUCCACCGCAAUGUAUUUUUCAUCGAGAAUAUCAAUAUCACGGUUUGUGCUUUCCAUUACGAAUCCCAAAAUUCAACCCUCCCGGUAGGACUGGGCCUAACCAAGAAUAUACUGGGUUUCUUGUUUCCUUUUCUGAUCAUUCUUACAAGUUAUACUCUUAUUUGGAAGACCCUAAAGAAGGCUUAUGAAAUUCAGAAGAACAAACCAAGAAAAGAUGAUAUUUUCAAGAUAAUUAUGGCAAUUGUGCUUUUCUUUUUCUUUUCCUGGGUUCCCCACCAAAUAUUCACUUUUCUGGAUGUAUUGAUUCAGUUGGGCAUCAUACAUGACUGUAAAAUUUCAGAUAUUGUCGACACCGCCAUGCCCAUCACUAUUUGCUUAGCUUAUUUUAACAAUUGCCUGAAUCCUCUCUUUUAUGGCUUUCUGGGGAAAAAAUUUAAAAAACAUUUUCUCCAGCUUCUGAAAUACAUUCCCCCAAAGGCCAAAUCCCACUCAACCCUGUCCACAAAAAUGAGCACACUUUCCUACCGCCCCUCAGAAAAUGGAAGCUCAUCUACCAAGAAGCCUGUCCCGUGUAUUGAGGUUGAGUGACACACUUGAAACCUGUCUGUGAAGUCAUCUUGUUGAAGAAGGAGCAAGAGAAACAUUCCUCUACAACACUUCACUACCAAAUGAGCAUGAGCUACUUCUCAGAAUUAAAGAAGAAAGUCGAUUAUGUGUACUGAACUGACUUUUCUAAACAAAAGCUGAACAAAACUUCCCUCUCCCUUUGCAACUAAACAAAGCAAAGCCACAUUUUGCAUCAGAUAGACGAUGUCCACUCAAAGAAUGAUGUCGGAAACUGGAUGAGUGUGUUGAUUUGGAAAAUUUUACUGGUAGAAAUGCCAUCUCUCCAGUCUGCUCUUGUUCCGUUAUUUUUGAUUUCCACAUAAAGGUACUUAGAAUAUGUUAAAACUUGAGAGGAGCAACAGGAGAUCAGAGCUCAAGAUUGCUCUGCCCAACUUCCAAAGGGCAGCAAAGCUUUUGUGCCUAUUUACCUAUUAGCAACUGGGGCCCACUUGUACCUGCUACUGCACACUUUAUACAAAGACUUGCUAAGCAGUAGUUGUCAGGUUGCAGAAGUUUAUGUGAAAUUCAACCAGUGUCUUAUAGAUUCACACUGCCAAAACAUGCCUGCUAAAUGGCUUAUUUGUAUAAUGAUGUUACUAAAGUCAUGUAUAAAAAUUAAA